UGCAUCCUUUCGGGCCCUUGCCAAAUCUGACGUCCUCUUCCCAGAGAGUGACUGUGCUGGAUGGGGUUUCAAAGCAUCCUAGGUCUAGAAAUGACAUGCUCUCUCCUGCUUGCUUCCGUUUGCACUAUUUGGUGAUCAUUGCGGUUCACAGACCUAGGCGAUGGAGGUCGAGCGGUCCCAGGUCGUGGGUGACACCCUCAAUCACCAUGUAUGUCAUUCUCGGUGGAUUCAACCCCCACAGACCGUGCUGUCUUCCGUUGUCACUUAUGCGACACGAUCCAAAGUGGCACAGGCUGCUCUGAUUGAGCUGCAGAAGGCAUGCGAGCUGUUCGAGGCAGGUGCUGAAAUUUGCCCUAGCUCCAGAGCAGGCAAGUUCGUGCCGAUCACUCAGUGGCUGACAAAACGGGCGCUGCAGCGCUGAUCUCGAGCAACGUCUUUGAGCCGUCCCGGGCCGGGAACGACGAGCUGUCGAUCUUCAGUGGGAAGACGCAUACGCUGACGACAAAAGCCAAGCCAGCCAAAACACCGCCUUCCGGGCACUCGUUAUUGGAUUUGCCCAAGCAGCUGUUCAUAGUUG